UGGGCGCUCCCGCGCUUCCCCUUCGCAAGGGGUCGCACCCGGGCACCCGCUGCAAAGCUGCUCCCACCUGCGCUCGGGGUUUGCGGCCGGCAGCCCCGCGCCCGCAGCAGCUCCGGCGACAGGCGCACCUGCGCCAGGACCCCGAGCUGGCGGCAGGAGGGUCGGGGAUGGGCUUUGCGGGGGUUGACGUGCUUGUGCCUGCCUGUAUUGCGAUAGAAACCCGGCAGAGCCACCCAUCAGCUGCCGCUGAAGUUUCAUUUGGAAGUUAGCGAGCUCCGCCGCGGAAACUUGUGACGGGAGGUGCCACCUUGGCAUAGCCCCUCACCUGGCGGCGGUUGCUGCGCACCGCGGGACACAGCUUCUGCCCGGCCCGCAGGCACCUCUGGGAGCCCAGCCUCUCCCGAGAGCUCCCUCUCGCCCCCGGGCAAACCGGCAGGGCUCCCCUCGCUGCGGCUGCCAGGCUCCAUGUCGCUCCCGGUGUGACGGUGGGAGAGCCAGAGGCUCUUUUCGCCCUCCCUUCCCCCCGCUCGCUUCAGCUCAGCGGAAAGAUAAUUUUUUUUUUUGUAACUCCGGCAGCAUUUAAUGGAACGGAAAAAGCAUGUUUCCUGCCCCGCACUAUAUAUAUAUAUAUAUCACGUCCUCCACCGCGCUGCCCCUUCCCGUACCCGAGCGGCCAGCGAUCCCCGGCUCUGCCCGCGUACCAGGCCCCCGGGCGCCCCGCUGUCCGGGAGGGACUCACUCCCGCCCCGGCAACGCGGACCGCACCUUGCUCCCGUUCCUAGAGGCGGCGCCCGGGCCGGGGGCCGGGGCCAUGCACCCGUCGCGGCGUUGAGCACCGCGGCGGUGGCGGCGAAGCGGAGUCUUUUCCCUGCAGGCAGCCCCCGACCUGCGUGCGAGCGGGGCCGCGCCCGCCGCCGCCGCCCUUCAUGACCCUGCGCUCCGCCGAGUCCCUGGAGAGCACGGAGGGCUCCCGGGCGCACUGGGGACACCCCGGGACGGCGGCGCCUGUUGCCGAAGAGUUCUGUGAGGCGGCGCAGCUGGCCGCCGCUAUGGAGGAGCUGCGGCGGGCAGGAUGGUACUGGGGCAACAUGACUGUUGCUGAAGCUAAAGAGAGAUUACAGGAUGCUCCCGAAGGGACCUUCUUGGUUAGGGAUAGUUCACAUUCAGAGUAUCUAUUGACUAUUUCGGUAAAAACAUCAGCGGGACCGACCAAUCUACGUAUAGAAUAUCAAGAUGGCAAGUUUAGACUGGACUCUAUCACGUGUGUCAGAUCUAGACUUAAGCAGUUCAACAGCGUUGUGCAUUUGAUUGAGUACUAUGUUCUUAUGUGCAAGAACAGAACAGAAACACCUUCAAAUGGAACAGUUCAUCUUUACUUGAACAAACCUCUCUAUACGUCCACUCCAUCUCUGCAACACCGCUGCAGAAUAACUAUAAACAAAUGCACAAAUCAGAUCUGGGAGCUGCCAUUGCCAACAAGACUAAAAGAGUACUUGAAAGAGUACCAGUACCAGGUAUAAAUAUAUUUUCUAAAUGCCUGUAAUGUAGAGUAACUUUUAAAUGCAAUUCUUAAAAUCAGCCAAAGAACUGAGUAACCAGUUGAACAAAUCAGCAUGGAAUUCACUAUCAAAACAGUGGCAGUUCUGGGGGAAAGGUUUUAAUUUCAGAUGCCACAAAGGGAGACUUUAUGUAGAAUAAUCUCAGCUUGCAUCCUCGGGGGUUCAACAAGGUGGCAUGCUAUUCUUGCAAGGAAAGAGAAGCCAGGAAUCUGUCCAGAUCAUGUUGCUUUGUCAAUGGCAUAAAAUACUGCACAAAUUAUCAAAUGCUAACCGAAGUAGUGGGGCUGGGAGAGACUGCAGAAGUGGUCAAAGAUGUAUGAGAGUGCAUAAGCAUCUCAGUUGUCUGAUUCCAUGAUUAAUUUGGUGCUGGUGUUCAUAUAAUCCUGAAAGCUUAACUGGAUCAUGCAGUGGUAAUCUUGCCAAAGUUAUGCAAUUAAUCAAAUCCAGUCAAAAAAUUGAUCUUAUAUUCAGUCUUUAUUGAACUAUAAUUCUCAUGCUUUUCUGCAAGCAAAGAAACACUGCAAGUAAGAAGUUCAAAACAUAGUUUUUCAAAGUUCUCUAAAAGCUGACCUUAAGGAGAAAUGCCACAUCUUUCAUAGGAACCCAGUAUGUUGUGGAUUAUACCAGAUUGGUAUCCCAGAAUUUUCAACAUGGUUAACAUCUUCCCAGUGAUGAUAUAUCCGUGUUAUUACUAGUAAGCCUGUUUUGCUUGAGGCUUUAGGACUGUAUGCUGCAGACUUGAAGUUACUCAGUUCCAAUGUCAAAACAUGGAUAUCAGCAGUUACAGCUGUCUUCUACAGUGUAGAAUUUCUUCAGCUUGUUUCCCAAAAUGUGGGGAAGUAUGUUUGGGGUUUUUUAUGGGGUUGGGGCUUUUUUUUUUUUUUUUUUCUAAUUCACCAUUGUAGUUAUCAGACUAUUACUCAAUAAAGUAAAUCAAAUUGCACAACAAUCUCCCAAUCUUUGUAUGUAUGGAUUUGCUACUGUUUUUCAGGAAACAGUGAUCUUAGGAACCUAUACAAUUUCCCAGGUAAUACUCAGAUAAAUGCACAUGUAUCGGUGAGGAAGCAUAUCCCUGCUUUGCCUUUAGGGUGCUGCUCAAAGGAAUAGCUGGAUUAGGUUGAGGUUAGUGGUUUAGAGGCUGCCUGCUGAAUUCCUGUAGUUAGGUGUUAGCAUAGGACAUUGUCUUUUCUGUUACAGCAGUCCUCCAAAUUGGAAGAAGGGUCAGAAACCCUGGGUACCUGUUCCUUAGCCUAAACAUAAACUGUUUAAGAGAAAAAAUAACCCAGAUGAGAGUAAUAGGGGAGAGUAAAGAGAGAAGCAAGGGCAUCAUCCUCAGUCAACUUUAACUCUUUCCCUAGCUUACUUUUUAAUUAAAGCAAAUAGACAUGUGUUUGAACAAGGCGGAUUGUCAAGACUUGCUGUAAUGUAGCCCUGCCCAGGCCAAAACAGAAACAAUAUGAAAUAAUUGUCUUGUUUUCUUCAUGCCUUAUCUGUUCUGUAGUACUGUCACUAUGCUCUGUCCCUUCUCAUAAACUCUGGAGCAUCAACCAGCUUAUUUUGUUGCAUCUAAACUCCCAGUGUUACACGCUUAGCUUUAUCAUUAGCAUGCUGGCAGAAAUGAGUAGGACAGUCAUUAAGAUAAGGAAGACACUGAGAACCUGAGCCAGAAAGGGAUGGUUCCUUGGUAGCGCAAAUACUUGGUAUGUUGUUCUCUCCAUGGAAGAGGUGGGUUUUCUUUCUCCAUGUCUUCAAUUCUCUCUCCUCAUUUUUAAUGUAAGAUUUAGUAUAGAAAUGGGGCGAGUUUUCUCAUGAAAAACAGAACAAAAGCUUUUGUUAUGUAAAAUUUUUCCCCAUGCCGUGCCAAAGUGUAGCAGAUUGUUGGAAGUUUUUCACAUCACAUGACGACCACCCUCUGGUUCCCAUCUCAGAAGAGCUCUUGUAUUCCAGGUAUGCAUCAUAAUCACAGUUUUUCUGUGCUUGUCAUCCGUCUUGCUAGGAUCUGCCACCCUGAAGUUGAAGAGGUUUUCCUAUGAGAAGUGCCUGUGAAAGAACCGUAUUUCUGGGAAUGCUUUCAAUUCUGUUGAAUCUGUUCUCUUACAGUCGUUGUCUAGCUCUACCUUGAGAUGAGAUAGCUGUGGCAGAGAGUAACUUUUGUCACAGUAAGAAAUGCUCUAAUCUGCUAUAUUAACUUUCUACUGGGGGCAUUUUUAGCCAAGGUGAUGCUUAGCUGUGAUAUGCUUGGGGUCUCAGUGGUGAACACAUUAUAAUAAGGUCCUUUAAAAUGAGUUCACUCCUGUCUAGCCCCUGGCCUGCAGGUUUAAAAUCAUGAACACCAAUGCUGGAACUGGCAGACUGAGAAGAUAAGAGUUUUGGGGUGCAGCAAGCCAGUUGUGUUGUACAUACAGGAAAUGAUUUCUGGCUCACUGCUGGCAGCCUACUGUAAGCAGUGGCAGGCCAGGUGUUCCCCACAGCAGAGCCAAGCUUUGAGGAAUGACGUGGGGCAGAUGCCGAGCAGCUCACUGGGCUUUUGUGGCCAGCUCUCCAAAGCACAAAGGCGAAUGGCAGCCUGAGGACAAGGAAUGCUAGUAAAUCGAAAGGUGGCAAUUCUUGUUAACAAUACAGAGUAGUUUCUGUGAUGUGGAAUCAAAUCACCAAACACUGAGCAUACUGACUUACACUUUGUAUUGUUUGUGUUGGUUACUGUGAGGAAAAAUAGGGGCUGUAGCCAGGGCGUGCUCGAAGCACUGAACAAUAUUUUGAACAGACUGGAGGGGGAACUAGUCCUCUUUGUAUGAAAGCACAGUUCUUGUCCUCACUAGGAUGCCAGCCCUAGGGUUGAUGCAUUGCACUAGUAAAACUAAACCACGCCAUAGCUUGCUGAAAGCUCUGCUUCAUUCUAGCACAGCACAGAGGAAUGACCUAUUCUGGUACAAAAAAAAUCCAAGGAUAGCACAUGAUUAGAUUACAGUGGUGCAAAAAUCUUGCAUGUAGACCUCAUGAAUUUCCAGGCACUGUCAUGUUGUCCAAACAUUUUAAAAAGAGUUCCAGUGCUUUCUGGGGUUUUGGGUUUGUUUUUUCUUUUUUUUCUUUUUUUUUUUUUUUCACUUUAUGGAUAUGGCUUGUUUGCAGCAGUAGCUUUUAAAUUGCUGCCCCUUUGGAUUCCAAAAAUUACUUCUAACUGAUAUAUGUCAUCUUAAAUUGCUAGUACAGAGUGUUCAGUGAAGCCAGUUUCACAGGUUCAGUGCCUGUGAAUCAACCCAAAAUCAUGAUAAGGACUCUAAUCAUAAGCCUUUUUUUUUUUUUUUUUACCCCAUGUAUUGUUUUUUUUUUUUCAUUUUUGAGUCUUGAGGUUUCAGAUUUUCCAGUUUAUUCCUGGAAUGUUAGUUCCUGAAUAAUGAAAGGACAACUGAGAGCCCCACAGUCCUCAAAGGUGAUGCUUAAAAAAUAAAAACACAAUUGUGAGAUGAAUGAUAAAAAUGUAAUUGAUGACUGUUUAAUUUAGCACUAAGCCCAGCAGAAGUGUGAACUAUGGCUCUGUCUUAGUUGUAUGGGCAUUUCUCUGCUGCCUUUUCUGUCACCAGAGACAGAAAAGGGUUCAAGUGCAAGAUAGGUGGGUAGACUGGGAAUGUAACCAAGCAGCUGCGCCCAGUGCAUCAGAAGCAAUUUUGUUUUAAUCUCAUCUCAUUAAUAUUUUCCUAAUUUUAUUUUAUGUAACCACAUUCUAGAUCAACAAUAUAUAAUUAUUAGCAAGAAAGAAAAAUUGUUCACUAGAAUACGGGGGCAGAGGGUUUUUUAUGUUAAAAAAAUACAAACAUAAUUUGUAUUAUGUACAUUCUGAAUGUACUCCUCACUGAAAACUGGAGCUUUAGAAUCUGAGACUCUUGAAGCAAACAAUCUAUGUACGAUAGGAAGGACAGGGCUUUGUAGCUGCAUGAAUUCCUGUACCAUGUCUUAGCAAAGUGUUCCUGGAGGUAAACUACCUUGUUGAUGAUCGUAGGAAAACUUUAUUUACUUACACGUUCUAUCAAGAGCUUCUUCUUGUAUUCCUGAUAAAAUUUGUAUGGAUUUUUAUUUUGUCUAUAGGCUUAAUAUCUAGCAGAGAGUAAGUUGAGUGGUGUCAGGGCUUGUUCUUCUUAAGCCAAAACACGUGAUGGAAAUAGGAAGAGAUACCUUUAGAUAUGGGUGUCAUGUCUAAUAGGAAUAUAAAAAACAGUAAAAUAAAAUUUCUGCUGACUGCUGUCAUUAAAAUAAAUCUAUCAUACUGACUGCUAGAGGAAAGGAUGGCUUCAGGAAUUCUAGAAGUUGUGUUACUGAUUCUCAAUAAGAAACUUUUCUCUUGAAAGGGCAUAAAAACCAACAAAAAACUAUAGAAUCAAAGGAAAAUUUUAGUACAUAAACCCUAAAAUUUCCAAAUAGAAUAACUAGAAAUUAUUUGGAAGGUCUGAGCUGGUUGGUGCUGUAUACACAAAGGAAGUGGGGAUGACAAGCUACUUUGGUAUCUCAGCCCAGCUCCUGAAAAACACUUCUUUAUUAGCGUUCACUUCAGCAGGUCUCAGUAUUUUGCUAAGCCCUUAGCAUGACUGAAAAUGCCUGGAAACAACAUUCCACCAGCACGUAAUUUCAGUCACCAAGGUCUGAGCACAACAACAUGGUGGUUUGCCACAGCAUUGCCAAGAGUGGGUAAUUUCUACAAGGGGCUGAAGAUCAGUCACAGAAACUGGGAGGCAGAGUUGGUGCUGCCAGGGGCUGCAAAGGCAUCACUGCUGACCAUUGCUGGUCCUCACCUGCUGUCUUAGACAGAUAUCAUCUUACAAGCUAGGUAAAACACAGCUGCCAGGAAACCAGAUAAGAAGUUACUCUGCUUGCUGAGGAGGGAAUUACCUGUCUGGCUUUUGGUGUCUGAGAAGGGACUGAAGGGAAAGGCCAGCACCUCCUGUGAGAGGUGGCACUUCUCACAAGGUGCGUCAAAUAACUAACCAUCAGGACUAGUACAGUGUUGAAAGGUGCAUUAGUAGAGCUAAGGUAAUGCCUUUAGGUCCAGGGGAGUAGCUAGUAUCAGCACAGUUUAAACCACAUCUAAACAAAGUCUGUCUGGAUAACUGAAUUUCAGGAACUAAAAAAUAAGUGUCUAGCAAAAUCAGUCUGUCCUGGUCCAAGGGAUGCCAAGGGAAGGAGUGCUCAAAAACUGUUGUUUAUUGAUCAGGUUAUCUACAGGACUUUGAAGUAGCCAUUGCCUCAAAGAAAAUCGAGGGAAAUGUGAAAACACAGCACCAUAAUGAUGAUAUUUAGGCUGCCUGAUAAAUUAUGGAUUUUAUUCAACUUAAAUCCCUUUUUAAAAAAGGGCUGCACUUGUGUUUUGGUUUGUUUUCUUCCAGAAUUGGAGCCAUUAAUUCUCCAGGAACUGAAAUACCAAAAUAAUACCAUCACUUUCUAUGGUAUAAAGGAGGAAUAAAAUGGAGGAGCAAAAGCUGUUUAUACUAGCAUAAUGAACAAGCUGGCAUUUAGCAGGAGAAAGUUCAAACAGAUAAUACCCUGGGGAAGUUCAGUGCUGAAUGCUGCAAAGAACAAAAUUUGAAAACAAACUCUAAAAAUUCCAUGUUCCUGCCUUAAUUUUUCUUUCACUGGCAAGCAGGGUUUGCAUAAGUAAAUCCUUUUGUUUU